UGAUUUCACUAGAUCAUGGUUCAUGCUUCUUGGUCGUAAAAAGUUUGUUUUAUCCAAUUUUUGUCAUUCACUCUGCCAAUUUUUGAACUUUCAGUGAUUUUUUGUUCGCUUUUGCUUGUCUUGCCCUGAAGUAAUGUGCGUGCCAUUCAAAUUUUAAUCCAUACGCCUUUGAGAUCAUUCUGUCACAAUGCACAGUUUCGAGCAAAAGCUGGAAUUCGGAGCGGCACUGCAUCUAAGAUUAUUUUCUAAUGUAAAGAACACUCGCGAGUUAAGGUCAAGAGUCAUGUCUGGUCAGUUACCUUGUGCUCUAAUCAAACCAAAACUCUUAGUUGACCCAUUCCAAUUAGUCAUCGCUGCCAACAAAGCUGUCGUCAGACAGAAUGUAUCGUCGCUCGUCACGAAGUCUAUUUAUACGGAAAUACUAUUCAAUUUGUCACCCAGCAAAAAUAUAACUCAGGGUCUUACUAAAUUUGGUGUCAGUGAUGAUGACACUGAUAUUUUUGUACUCGUUAUUCCAAACAGUGACGAAGAGUUGCAGGAAGUGCUCAGACAAGUGGAUGGUGAAAUGCGUCCUAUAGAAGAUGCAAAGGAAAUGCUGAGCAUCAAUGAAGUCAUAAAAACUUAUAGUAUUCAUAAUGAUGAGUUAGCGAUUUCAAAUCUAUUGGACUCUGUUGUCACAAGGAUAGCAGCCAAGGAUUGUUUAUGAGGUUUUCAAAUCUGUGCAUGGGUCUCAAGAGCAUUCCUGGUUGGAGCUGACAGGCCGAAGAAAAAUUGAUGAAGCCAUUAAGUAUUUAUCAGGUAUCAGCCUUUUCAAAUAGUCAUAGCACUAAGUAAGGCAUUAAGCGGAUAAGAUGGAGACAUCUUAAUGAUUCACCGUCGAAUGAACCUAUUUGAAGAGUGCCAUGGACAUGAGUGGCUUUUUUUUUAAAAAAAAAAUUUGUUAAAUCAGUCUUCAUUUUGAGUAUAACUUGUUACAGGUGAAACUUUGUAAAAAUAUUUAACACCAGAGCUCAAUUUUUAUCUUGUUACUGAAGUCAUAAGUACAAUCGGGUCACAAGUAUCUGAGGACCCAUCCAAGUACUACACAAGCUACCUUCUUAGGUACCUCCUUGGGAGAGAGGGCCUGAGCUUGCCUUACACGGGUUUACAAGGAAGAAAGGGGAAGUCAAACCCAGUCUUACAAAAGCCCUGAACUUGAAGAAAAAAUAAUAUCUUCUGAAAAAGAUAAUUUUUUCAGCUAUUAGACUCUCCAUUAUUUUUCUGAAAAAUCAAGGGAGGGAACAGACCAGUUUUAGGUGAUUCAAAGAGGGAGGUAAGGUGAAAGGUUGUCUUACGGGUGCAUUACAAGAUGGGAAGGAGGGGGAAAAAGUAUCAAAAUGCCUCAUGUGAUUAUUUAAGUUCUUCUAAGGAUCACAAAAAUUUCACCCGAAACUCCUUUAUCAGUGAUAAUAUUUGAUUGAGUUCUAACUACGUAUUUGUAUCACUUUUGGAUAUUGUCGGUGAACUCCAAAACAUUGCAUUUUGUUCUGCGACAGGAGUCUGACCGUUGAUAUGUUCCAACCUGUUACAAAAUUACUCAGUCCUUAGGCUAGGCAAUCACACCAAUGGGUUGUCAGGGACAAAUUGAACAUUUGCACUUUGCACUGUUAUAUUGAUCUUAUUCCUCGGCGGAGAAACACGCUCUUUGUUCCACUUAAAGAUUUUAUAUUUCAAUGAAUUAGUAGUUUGGAAACAGAAAAAUCACACUUGCGAUCUCCCGGUGUCAAAGGAGCUGCAUUUAUUGCAUGCAAUAUACAUUCAAAUGAUUCAAUGCAAAGCUUUCUGCUAGGUUUUUUUUGGAAAGCAAAAAACCUUUUUUUUUUGUUUAAAAAAAAAAAAUGACCUCUCCUUGUUGAGUCCUUGGCUUGUUUCUGUAAGUAGGGUCAUCAUCACAAUCAGAAUGGAUUAGUAAUUUAGAAAUAUUGCUUUAUUCAAUAAUAAAAUAUACUAUAAAAUUUGAACUACAAAGUGCUCUAUAAAACAAUUCAGAAAAUCAGUCUAACUUCAGUUUUAACAUUAGAUAACAAAAUAAAGGAUUUAUCUGAACAACGAUUAGCCAAUCAGUGCUUCUCAAAAAUAAAAAGAAUAUGGAUGGAAAUAGUGGACUGAGUGUAAAGCUUUUCUUGUUCAAACCAAUUUGACAAGUAAAAAACUGAAAGGAACAUUAAUACCUAAAAAUGGGCAUUUCGAGAUAGUCGAUAAGUAAUGAGGCAACUCUAUGAAUGGGGGCUAAUAUUUGUCUCCCCUCAGGAGAUUUAAAUUUUAACCAAAUUCUUGAAUUAUUUAGCCGUUGACUACUAUCGGUAUCCUAUAUUUUCUGUAUUGUAUAUUUUAAUUUCAGUAUGAUAGACAAAUAUGAAAUGUAUUUGAGAGGAAAAGACUAGAGACAUUAGUUACCCACGUGAUUUGUACGUAAAGGGUACCUUGAAUGAAAGAGUUAAGUGACAUAUAUCAUAAAAUUUGAGAUUCCAGUUAUCAUGUUGUAAUUCAUCACAGUGUGUACCUUACUUUUUUGGAUGUACUUUUUUUCAUGCACAUAAACACACUUGUUCAUGCGAUGUAUAUUUUGAACCCAUGCUUUUGCGUCUGGUCCUUCACAAAACAUGGGAUACUUUAAACUUUGAAGUUUUUGGGUUCCCUUAAGUUUUCGAAGCGACUCCUAGGGGAGAGGACCCAUGCCAAGUCUAAAAGUGUAUUUAAUGGUAACGCACUGGAAAUCCAACCAACAAGUACCUCGUCAAGUGUUUGAAAGGUGGAGAUUUUCGGUUGACAUUAACUCAAAUAUAAGCAGCAUGCCUUCUAA